AUGUCUUCAUCAUCAUCUAUGACGCCGUUUAAUCGUGGUCAUCACACGACCAAACGAUUUAAUAAUGCUGCUCGAUUGAAAAUGGCUACUCAUUAUCCUGUUAUGACAACUCCAAUCACACCCUGUUCUGAUAUAAAUAACAAUAAUAAUAAUAAUGCCAAUAAUACAGGUGCUGUUUUUGCACAUUAUGAACAUGGUCAUUCAGAUUCACUUUUGGAAAUUCUCAACGAUCUUCGUUUAAGUCGACAAUUAUGCGAUGUGACGAUUGUUGUCGAUCAACGUGAAUAUCCUUGUCAUAAAAAUGUUCUUGCUGCCGCUAGUCCAUAUUUUCGUGCUAUGUUUACAACAUCCGAAAUGUCUGAAUCAUCACAACCAGCAGUUACUCUUAAUGGAAUUGAUCCUGAUGCAAUGUCUGAACUUAUUGAAUAUGCCUAUACAUCGGAAAUAACGAUCUGUGAAAAUAACGUUCAAUCACUACUUUCUGCUGCUAAUUUACUCAUGAUGCAACCCGUUCGUGAUGCAUGUAGCUCAUUCUUUGAACGGUUUCUCGAUGAAACAAAUGCUAUCGGUAUAAAUUGUUUUGCUGAAUUGCAUGGCACACAAGAACUAACAAAAAAAGCAAAACGAUUUGUAUUAAAAAAGUUCUCUCAAGUCGCACAACAAGACGAAUGGCUUCACGUUCCGGCUCAGAAAAUUGUUGAAUUUAUCAAAGAAGAUGAUCUCCGAGUGGCCAGCGAAGAUGAAGUGUUUGAAGCUUGCCUACGUUGGUUGAACCAUGCGCCUGAACAACGAAAAACGGAUUUUCAUUCGAUACUUCAAUAUAUUCGAUUGGCUUUUAUUAGUCCUUAUGUGUUAAUGGAUAAAGUUGCUACCUGUAAAAUAGUCCAAGAAGAUGCAAUAUGCCGUGAAUUACUUCACGAAGCUCUACAAUUCCAUUUACUUGUCGAUAGACGUUCUGAAAUGUCAACAACAAAUUCUCGAUUUAAGCCACGUACAUGUUCAGAAUUAACUGAAACAUUAGUAUUUUUGGGUGGAGAAGAUGAACGAGUUGUUGUACGAGGCGUCGAAAUUUAUAAUCCAGAAAGAGAUGAAUGGAAAAAACUUUGCUGUUUACCUUAUGCUGUAUCGAAACAUGCUAUUGUUUCGUCAGGAGCUUCGACUCUUUAUCUAUGUGGUGGUGAUUUUCCCAAUGGGAGACCAAGUUCUGAAGUUUGGAAAUACGAACAAAAACUUGAUACAUGGAUACAAUUGUCAGAUAUGUUGACGCCGCGAUCUGAAUUAGGUUUGGCUUUAAUUGAUGGAUAUAUAUAUGCUUGUGGUGGAACUAAUGGUGAAGUUCGUUUAAAUACGAUUGAAAGAUAUUCAAUUGCUGAUAAUAAAUGGACUUUAGUUGCGUCCAUGCAAAUCGGUAUGACUAGUCCAGCGUGUUGUUCAGUAAAUGGAUAUUUGUAUAUAACCGGUGGUGCUGUACUAGAAGAAGGCGACGCAAUUGAUCUAGUCAUGCGAUUCGAUCCAAGAAAAGUCGAAUGGAGUGCUGAUGUGGCGCCCAUGCGAAUUGCACGUUCUGGCUCAACAGCUGUUGUACUUCGACGUAAAAUUUAUGUUUGUGGUGGAUUACAAUCGAAUACGGAAAAUACGAAUCUAGCUGAAGUUUACGAUCCAACAACGAAUCAGUGGCAAUUUAUCGCACCGAUGCGUGAACAUCGUUAUCGACCGGGAGCUGCUGUUGUUAAUGAAAAAAUCUAUGUAUGCGGAGGACAAGAUGAACAGCCCGGCAAAUAUCAUGAAAGUGUGGAAUGUUAUUCAGUGGAAAACGAUCAAUGGACAAUAAUAACGGAAUUGAUUUGUGGACGAAGUUUUCUCGCAUGUGCGAUGCUUUUACUGAAAUGGUCCGAUAUUCUCUGGGAUCAUGUUUGCGAAGGAGAAACAAAUUCAUUACCUGAUAUAAACUAA